AUGGCAACCCAGCUCGUCCAACUCCCAGAAGUGGAGCGCCUCAGCGCCUCAGUCGUGAGGAUUCUAGGCGGAAAUCCGGGGAAGUUCACACUCCAAGGCACAAACACAUACUUAAUUGGCCGUGGCCACAAGCGAAUCUUAAUAGAUACAGGCGAAGGCAAGCCCGCAUGGGCAGCAAACCUCCAGACCGUGCUCUCCGAAGAAAAAGCAACAGUCCAUCAGGCUCUACUGACACACUGGCACCCCGAUCAUGUCAAUGGACUGCCAGAUCUACUUAAGCUCUGUCCCCAGGCUCAGAUCUUCAAACACCAGCCCGAGUCCACUCAGACAGAUAUCCAGGAGGGCCAGGUGUUCUCUGUUGAGGGUGCUACCUUGACUGCAACCCAUACGCCUGGCCAUACUGUUGAUCAUAUGGUGUUUAUGCUUGAGGAGGAGAAUGCUAUGUUCACGGGUGAUAACGUCCUAGGCCACGGCACAGCCGUCUUCGAAGACCUCAAAAUCUACCUCAAUAGUCUGCACCGGAUGCGCGACCGUGUCUCUUCAGGCCGGGGCUAUCCCGGACACGGAGCGGUGAUUGACAAUGCCGGUGCACGGAUCACAGAGUACAUCAAGCACCGACAGCAGCGGGAAGACGAGGUCCUGCGCGUGCUGCGAUUUGGUGGGCUUGCUGUCGCGGAUGGUGAGCCCUCGCCGGAGCGCAAGCAGGUAUGGUGGACGCCUAUUGAGUUAGUGAAGUGCAUAUACCGUGAUGUUCCCGAGUCUUUGCAUUUGCCUGCUUCGCGCGGUGUUUUGCUGGUAUUGUUGAAGCUUCAAGAUGAGGGGCGGACGGUCCUUGAUUCGGACUCGGGGAAAUGGAGUCUUGUGAGUAAGAAGUCGGCUUUGUGA